AAUACUGUGGUAUGCUGGAGUGUCGUAUCAAGGGAUGUUGCUCCGUUAUGAAAUCCCGACUAUAGGUUGUUGGAGAGUUUUAUUUACAGACCAAAUGCAAAAUUAUAUGGGAUUAGAUGAGAGGGAACCACUGCAGUGAAAGGUCAUGGAUUCCCCUAUCCUUCUUCUCCUAGCCCUCCUGGUCGCCCUGGUCCAAUGUUUUUCUGAUGACUACCACAGUCACAACAGCACCCGUCACCAUGACUACUGUGUGCUUGGUGCCGGGCCUGCUGGCCUUCAGAUGGGUCACUUUCUCUCCAAGAGUCAGAGAGAUUACAUCAUCUUGGAGAGGAACUCGGGGCCAGGGAGCUUUUUCAAUAUAUACCCUCGACACAGGAAACUCAUCAGCAUCAACAAGAUCUACACAGGAAGGCGGAACCGCGAGUUCAACCUUCGUCACGAUUGGAACUCCCUCCUGAGUGACAGGCCCGACCUGCUGCUUCAGCGAGUCAGCCGGGAGCUCUACCCAGACGCAGACUCAUUCCCCCGCUACCUCUCCAUGUAUGUGAAGGAGCUGGGGCUGAAGGUCCAGUAUGGGGUGGACAUCGGGAAGAUCAGGGCCUCGGAGUCUGAAUCACCUAGAGGCAGGGGAUACAUACUGACUGACCAGCGUGGACUGGACUAUACAUGCAGAGUCCUUCUGGUGUCCACAGGACUGUGGGAUCCUCAGAAGGUCCAGUUUGAGGGCUCAGACCUGGUGGAGGGCUAUGAGUCCAUCCCUGUGGACCCAGAGGAGUAUAAGGACCAGGCCGUGCUGAUCCUGGGUAAGGGGAACUCAGCAUUUGAAACAGCUCAGAGCAUCCUGGGUCGGGCCAGCCGGAUCCAUCUCUACAGCCCGAGCCCGGUCCGCCUAGCCUGGCAGACACACUACGUCGGAGACCUCAGAGCUGUGAACAAUGAGCUCCUAGACACGUACCAGCUAAAGUCCCUUGAUGGGCUGGUGGAGGGAGGCCUUGAGGACAUUGCUAUCAUCAGAAAUGGAGAGGACGAAAAGAAGCGCUCAGGCAGAAAGAAGAAGUGCAGAUCCAGUGGGAAGGAAAAGCGUGGCAAGCUGUUCCUUACUCUAUCUGAGCUUCUGGACAGUUCGGAUGGGAAGAACAGUUCAAAGGUCACAGCGACAAACCUGCCUGUGUACCACAAUGACAACUUCUCUCUCCGCCAGCCAUAUGAUCGUGUGAUCCGCUGCCUGGGGUUCCGGUUCAACUUCAGCAUCUUUGAUGGCUCUGCCCGCCCACCAAGCAGUGAGGGUGCCAGGGGGCGGUUGCCAGGGGUGACAGCCUGGUACGAGGGGCGGGGAACCCCAGACCUUUUUGUUCUGGGGACGGCUGCCCACUCAAGAGACUAUCGCUCUUCUGCAGGGGGGUUCGUCCAUGGCUUCCGAUACACAGUGCGUGCUGUACAUAGAGUCCUUGAGCUGCGUUACCAUAGCAACUCCUGGCCAUCAAUCAAACUGUCAAUCAGUCAGCUGCAGUCCUGGCUGUUGAGGAGGGUCAAUGAGGCCUCCGGACCAUACCAAAUGUUUGGGGUACUUGGAGACAUCAUUUUACUAAGAGGCUCUCACUGUGAGUACCUGGAGGAGUUUCCCCUCCAGGCCCUGCCCCAGUUCUCUUCUCUGUCUGGCCACCAGCUCUCCAAGCAUGGGCUGCUGGUUCUGGUUUUACAGUACGGGCUGAACCGCACAGACUCACUGGGCCCUGGCAGGGCAGAGUCAGAGUGGACCCGUGCUUGGAGGUCCAACUUCCUCCACCCUGUUCUAUAUUACUACGACAAACUUCCCACUGAGAGGGACAUGAGACACCGUCCUGUUGGCUGGCCACUGCCACGGCCCAAGGCAGUGCAUCACAUGAUCGAGGACUUCUUGACUGAGUGGGAUGGGCCCAUCUCCCACAGCCAGCCACUGCGGCGCUUCCUGGAACACUGUCUCCACACUGACCUCAGGGCCUUCUAUGCAGAGUCAUGUUUCCGCUUUUCCCUUACCAAUCGAAAGCCACCCCUGUUUUGUCGUCAGGGAUACCUGAGGAAGCAUGGGGUUGUUAGGAAUCGUCAGCUGUGGCAGCAUGCCCAUGAAGCUGGGCUAAUGCUUGGAGGACAGGACUCUGCAUCCCCAGACACAGACCCAGCGUUCCCUGAUUACCUUACACAAGCUGGAGCCUCAGUGUCCUCUGCAAUAAACCUCGACUUCUGAUUGUUUACCCAAGGAUCCCAAAACUAAGCCUAUGACAGUUUUGAUGUCCCAAGACAUUCUCUACCUCUCAUUAUAAUGUCCAUGAAUAUAUACAGUAUAUACAGAGUCUACAAAACAUUAAGAACACCUUCCUAAUAUUGAGUUGCACCCCCCCCCCCUCCCUCUUUUGCCCCCAGGGCAACCUCAAUUUUUCGGGUCAUGGACUCUACAAGGUGUCGAAAGCGUUCCACAGGGAUGCUGGCCCAUGUUAACUCCAAUGCUUCCCGCAGUUGUGUCAAGCUGGCUAGAUAUAUUUUGGGUGGUGGACCAUUCUUGAAACACGCAGGAAACUGUUUAGUGUGAAAAACCCAGCAGUGUUGCAGUUAUUGACACAAACUGGUGUGUCUGGCACCUACUACCAUACCCUGUUCAAAGGCACUUAAAUAUUUAGUCUUGCCCAUUCACCCUCUGAAUGGCACACAUACACAAUCCUUGUCACAAUGCUUAAAAAUCCUCCUCCCCUUCAUCUACACUGAUUAAAGUGGGUUUAACAAGUGACACCAAUAAGUGUGUCAAUGAAAGAGCAGGUGUUCUUAAAGUUGUGUACACUCAGUUUGUAUAUACAGUACCAGUCAAAAGUUUGGACACACCUACUCAUUUUUUCUUUAUUUUUACUAUUUUCUAAAUUGUAGAAUAAUAGUG